AAAUCAAUUUUUACUCUUUCAGAAAAAUAAAAUCAAAGAAAGAAAAUGACAAUGAAAAAUGCUAUAUAUAGUGUGCUUGCAACACUCUUCCGUUGACAUCAACAACAUAAAAGAUGGCAAAGGAUACUCAUCAUGAUUACCCUUUUGGAAAGGUUAUUUUUGUUGUUCUUUUAUUAUCAAAUAUUUCCUUUCAAGUUGCAACAUGUGGCUCCAUAGUAAAAUUUCUCCCUGGAUUCAAUGGACCACUUCCUUUUCUGCUUGAAACAGGGUAUGUGGGAGUUGGUGAAAAAGAGGAUGUGCAAGUGUUUUAUUACUUCAUUGAAUCAGAAAACAAUCCAAAGGAAGAUCCUCUCAUGCUUUGGCUCACUGGUGGACCUGGUUGCUCUGCUUUCUCUGCCCUUGCCAUUGAAAUCGGUCCAAUUGAAUUUAAGAAAGAGACAUAUAAUGGGAGCUUGCCAAAUCUCAUCUCAAGGACACAUUCAUGGACAAAGGUGAGUAGCAUUAUUUUUGUAGAUUUGCCGGUUUCCACAGGCUUCACAUAUGCCACAACAGAUUCUGGUUCUCAACGAAGCGACUCGAUACAAGCUCACCAAGCUUACCAAUUUUUUAGUAAGUGGUUGAGAGAGCAUCCAAAGUUUCAAUCAAAUGAAAUUUACAUUAGUGGUGACUCAUACUCGGGCAUUACUGUUCCAAUAAUUGUUCAAGAAAUUGCACAAGCAAAUGAAAAAGGGAUCCAACCAUGGAUAAAUCUCCAGGGAUACGUGUUAGGGAAUCCUAUAACAACUAGAAAGGAAAAAAAUUAUAGAAUCCCUUUUGCCAAUGGAAUGGGACUCAUAUCUGAUGAACUAUACGAGUCACUGCAAGAAAAUUGUGAUGGAGAUUAUAUAAAUCGAGAGAAUAGAAAUGUUUUAUGUUCCAAAGAUCUCAGUUCAUUCGACAAGGCUAUUUCAGACAUUCAAGAAAGCCAUAUUUUAGAACCGUUAUGUUUGUGGCUUUUUACCGAAAAUUCUCCAAGGAGAUCUCUUAUUAAAAAAUUUCACUCCAAAGUGUCGCCCUUAAAAUGCCGAAAUUAUGCAUUUAAACUUUUCGAGUAUUGGGCCAAUGAUGAUAAUGUUCGCGAAGCACUGCACAUACGUAAGGGAAGUAUUGGAAAAUGGGAACGUUGUUCCUAUGGUAUACCUUAUAAUGGAGAUAUUCCUAACAGUUAUGAUUAUCAUGUAAAUCUAAGUGGAAAAGGAUAUCGUUCACUAAUUUACAGUGGUGAUCAUGACAUGACUGUUCCAUUCUUGCAUACAAAAGCAUGGAUAAAAUCUUUAAACUAUUCCAUCGUUGAGGAUUGGAGACCGUGGUAUACAAAUGAGCAAGUUGCAGGAUACACAAGAACUUACUCGAAUAGGAUGACAUUUGCAACUGUGAAGGGUGGAGGACACACGGCACCUGAAUACCUUCCUGAAGAGAGUUUCGCCAUGUUUAAUAGGUGGAUAUCUAAAAGACCUUUGUAGGAUUCAUAGCAACAUUAGAGAUUCAAAAAUAAGAUCAAAUUGGCCACCAAUGUUGAUGCCUUAACACAUUCUCUUGUCUCUAAAUUCGCAACUUAAUUAGAAACGGAUUUCACA